UCUCCCCGCCCGCCCCUUUGCUCUCCGUCGCUCCCGCGCGCGCGCAGCUGUCCGGCCCCGGCGCCGGAUACGCGCGUGCCCGCGUUCUUCUGUUCAGGCGGUCGCAACCGCGUCUCGCCAUGCCUCCAUCGCCACCUCCUCCCUCCUCGCUCCACCACCAACGACCAACGACGCCGCCUCCUGCCCUCUCCCGCUUCCCGUCGGGCGCGCUGGCCUCCUAGCUGACUGACCUUCCCUUCCCUGCAUCUCCUCCGAGCCUGCGUCUUCCGCUCCCUCCGCGAUGGGCGGCCUCUGCUCCAAGGAGGGCGUCGUGGAGGCGCCGCCCGCCGAGCCCCACCCCGUGGCGCAGCUGCACAAGGCGUCGAGCCAGUCCCUGAAGCAGCUCAUCACGCUCACCGCCAAGGAGGACGACGCCGCCGUCGUGCACGCCGUCAUCUCCCGGACGGAGUCCAACGCCAAGGCCAACGGCGGCAUCGGCGCGCCCGCGCCCGCGUCGGAGAAGACCGCGCCUCCCGUGGUGGUCAUCACGUCCCUCAGCAAGUCCUACAGCACCGCCGGGGCGGCGCCCACGCACCACCGGUGCGCCACGCUUGACAUCGGCGGGCCCGGGACCAACAACGCGCCGGCGCAGGUGAUCUCCAGCGUGCCGCAGGGGUUCUCCGGCGAGCACGUCAUCGCCGGGUGGCCCUCCUGGCUGACGUCCGUCGCCGGCGAGAUCGUCGAAGGGUGGCUUCCCCGGCGCGCCGACACGUUCGAGCGGCUGGACAAGAUCGGUCAGGGCACGUACAGCAACGUGUACAAGGCGCGGGACCUGCAGAGCGGCAAGAUCGUGGCGCUGAAGCGGGUGCGCUUCGUCAACAUGGACCCGGAGAGCGUGCGGUUCAUGGCGCGGGAGAUCCACAUCCUCCGCCGCCUCGACCACCCGAACGUGAUCAAGCUGGAGGGCAUCGUCACGUCGCGCCUCUCGCACAGCCUCUACCUCGUCUUCGAGUACAUGGAGCACGACCUCGCCGGCCUCGCCGCGCUGUCCGGGCAGCGCUUCACGGAGCCGCAGGUCAAGUGCUUCAUGCGCCAGAUCCUCGAGGGCCUGCGCCACUGCCACGCGCGGGGCGUCCUGCACCGGGACAUCAAGGGAUCCAACCUCCUCAUCGGCGACGACGGCGUGCUCCGGAUCGCCGACUUCGGGCUCGCCACCUUCUUCGACCCCGGGAAGCCGCAGCACAUGACCAGCCGCGUCGUCACGCUCUGGUACCGCCCGCCGGAGCUCCUGCUCGGCGCCACCCAGUACGGCGUCGCCGUCGACCUGUGGAGCACCGGCUGCAUCCUCGCCGAGCUGCUCGCGGGAAAGCCCAUCAUGCCCGGCCAGACCGAGAUCGAGCAGCUGCACAAGAUCUUCAAGCUCUGCGGCUCGCCGUCCGAGGACUACUGGGCCAAGGCGAAGCUACCGGACGUGACGCUCUUCAAGCCGCAGCGGCCGUACCGGCGCAAGAUCGCCGAGACGUUCAAGGACUUCCCGCCGACGGCCCUUGAGCUCCUGGACACGCUGCUCGCCAUCGAGCCGUCGGACCGGGGCACGGUGGCCUCUGCUCUGGACAGCGAGUUCUUCAGGACCAAGCCGCUGGCGUGUGAUCCGGCGAGCCUGCCCAAGUACCCGCCCUGCAAGGAGUACGACGCCAAGCUCCGAGGCCAGGAGGCCAGCAGGCAAAACGCAGCGGGCAUCGGAGGCAAGGGCUCCGUAUCCGUCAAACCAGGGAGAGACGACGUCAAGGGCGCCGCGCCAGCUCAGGACGUCGCCAUUGCCGACUACCAGAGGAGGCAGGCGCGCGCCAACCAGAAGAGCACGAGCCACCACUACAGCUCGCUGGAAGACAGCGUGCCGGGCUUCCGCAUCGAGCCGCCGGCCGUGGCCGUGCGCGGGCCGGCGACGCUGCAGACCGGCGGCGGGUUCGGGUCGACGUGGUACAACAGGAGCGACCAGCGGGCGGUCUCGCGCGCGUCCAGCUCCGUCAGGGCGUCGUCGUCGUCGUCGCACCUCACCUCGCAGCGGUCCUACGCGCAGUCCCGGGGCACCGACCUGCACCCGAGCUCGUCGGCCGCCACCAACGCCAACUCCAGGUACAACCGCCUCGACGUCGCGGAGCCGGCCAACGCCGUCGGCCGCCCCGGCUCCUCCCACCACAAGGACCUCGGCAUGAGGGACGCAUCAGCCGGUUUCGGAGCGAGGAACAAGAGGAUCCAUUACUCGGGGCCGCUGAUGCCGCCCGGCGGGAACAUGGAGGACAUGCUCAAGGAGCACGAGAAGCAGAUCCAGCAGGCCGUGCGCAAGGCGCGAGUCGAGAAGGAGAAGACCAACAGGCACUAUUACUGAACAAUGAGGAAAACAAUUGGCAUCAAGUUGGCGAAUUCAUUCCAUGGUCUCACAGACCAGAGCAUUCGUUGCCUCUCCAUCCAUGGAACGGAACAGCGGACAGAUCGUCGGUGGAAGGUGAACACACGAAUGCGCAGCGCAGCGCUCGGCCGGGGCUGCUACGAACGAGUCGGGCUUUUCUUGAUCCAUGUGUAUAAUAGCAGUGGUAGAGAGGCAUGAAAAGCCUGAAACUGACAGGGAGGAGACUGUAUGUAAAGACAUCCCACCCCCACCCCGCAAAGGAAAUGUGUGCGCAUCUGGUCGACUUGUUGCAAUUAGAGACUAUUAACAGCGUAGUUAUCAUAGCUCCAGGCUUACAA